AUGCCGGCGGCGAGCGUGGAGUACAUUGCUCCCUGGUGGGUCGUGUGGCUGCACGGCGUUCCCCACCUCGGCCUGCGCCUGCAACCCGUGAACAACACCUUCAACCCCCGGGACGAGAGUUACCAAGAGUCUCUGCUGUUCCUGGGGCUGGUGGCUGCUGUGGGCCUGGCUCUGAACCUCAUCUUCCUCGUCUUGUACCUGGUCCGCGCCUGCUGCUGCCGACGGAACAAUGGCAUACAGACCAAGUGGCGGAAGUCCUGCUGUAUCACCUGGAUGGCCGUGGUGGCCGGGAUCGUCUGCUGUGCUGCGGUGGGCAUCGGUUUCUACGGAAACAGUGAGACCAAUGAUGGGGCCUACCAGCUGAUCUACUCCUUGGACAGCGCCAACCACACCUUCUCUGGAAUCGAUGCCCUGGUUUCCGGAACCACACAGAAGAUGCAGCUGGACCUGGACCAGUACCUGGCUCGGCUCAGUGAGAUCUUCGCGGCCCGAGGGGACUACAUCCAGACCUUGAAGUUCAUGCAACAGAUGGCCGGCACCAUCAUAACCCAGCUCUCGGGGCUGCCAGUGUGGGAGAACGUCACUGCUGAACUUGCUGAGGUGAUCGACCAGACCACCUACGUGGAGUAUUACAGGUGGCUCUCCUACCUCCUGCUCUUCAUCCUGGAUGUGGUCAUCUGCCUCAUCGCUUGCCUGGGUCUGGCCAAGCGCUCCAGGUGUCUGCUGGCCUUGAUGCUGUGCUUUGGGAUGCUGACCCUGCUCCUCAGCUGGGCAUCUCUGGCUGCCGACACUGCCGCGGCCGUGGGCGCCAGCGACUUCUGCGUGGCUCCUGACAACUUCAUCCUGAACAUCACAAAGGGCCGAAUCAGCACAGAGGUGACCCGCUACUAUCUGUACUGCCGCCAGAGCACAGGCAGCCCCUUCCAACAGACACUGACCAUCUUCCAGCGUUCGCUGACCGCCAUGCAGAUUCAGACCUCCCAGCUGCUGAAGUUUGCCGUGCCCCUCUUCCCCACAGCAGAGAAAGAUCUGCUGAGGACCCAGCUCCUGCUAAACUCGUCUGAGACCAGUCUGCACCAGCUGACGGCCCUGCUGGACUGCCGAGGGUUGCACAAGGACUACCUGGAUGCCCUUUCUGGCAUCUGCUAUGAUGGCAUUGAGGGCCUGCUGUAUCUCGGCCUCUUCUCUCUGCUGGCUGCCCUGGCCUUCUCUGCCAUCAUCUGUGCAGUACCACAGGCCUGGAAGCACUUUGCCACCAGGGACAGGAACUACGAUGACAUCGACUAUGAGGACCCCUUUAACCCUCAGGCCUGGCGCAUCGCUGCGCACAAUCAGCCUCCGGGGCCGCUUCACAGCUUCUGCAGUUACAGCAGCAGCCUGGACAGCCAGAUGAGUGCACAGCCCCCAGCCCAGACCAUCUCCAACGCCCCAGUCUCUGAGUACAUGAACCAGGCAGUACUCUUCGGUGGGAACCCCCGCUACGAGAACGUGCCGCUGAUCGGAAGAGGCUCCCCGCCUCCUACGUACUCCCCCAGCAUGAGGGCUACCUACCUGUCUGUGGCAGAUGAGCACGUGAGGCGCUAUGGGAGCGAGUUUCCAGCCUAA